UUUAGUAGGGUUUUUGAGGCAUGGCGGCACGGUAUCUCACUCGUGGUCUCCUGGAAAACAGCAGUGUAUUGGCGGAGCUCUUGGAAGGAAAGGAGAGAUUUUAUCUGUUUGCGGGAACCUUUGAUGUGUCGGAACAAUUAGAUCUGCGUCAUUUGGCUUCUCUUCAGUUUGUAAAGGAUGUGCAAACCGCAACUGCGGCACCUGUUGUCAUUAUCCUUUCCUGCACGGAUUCAAAGCUUAGUAUCGAUCCAGCCAAGAGAAAGGCGUGUUUUGAUGCACAGGCCAGGAGUGUUUUGGCCUGCGGCUUGGACAAGUCGCGGACUUUUAUUCUCACUCCUCCUUCCAUUUCAAGCAGAAUCUACAGGAGUGUUGUCGAUGUUUCAAAGUGCAUGCUGAUAAAUGAGGCUGUACGUGGAGCGAAGACGGACGUGGCAGCUCUUCAGCAAGAACUUGUUGAGGCUGUUUUCUGUCGCCUUCCCCAGACUCUCCUCGGCGAGACAUUUACGAAGUGUCUUAGAAUUGGCCAGGAUAGAUUUCCCAAAGCUGCUUUUGAACGUGCUAAUUUACCAGAGCCGGCGGUUGUCCAACUCAAACCUCUCCCGAUGCUACAGGGCGAACUAGGCAAUGCGCAAACUUUCAACAGCAACUGCCAAUUGUUGUUUCUGUCGGACGAUCCACCUAUGAUUGAAAUGAAGAUACGCAAGCAUGCCUUUAGUGGUGGAGGGAGCACGAAAGAGGAGCAUGAGAAACAUGGGGCCAAUUUGGAGAUUGAUGUUCCUUACAAGUAUCUGAGUUACUUCCUGGAGAGCGAUAACGAGUGGGCAAAUAUCAAAGGGGAGUAUGGCGGUGGGAAAAUGUAUACAGGUGCAGUAAAAGAACGGCUCGUAUGUUUGGUGAAAGAAAUGCUUGCAAGUCAUAAAAUGGCUUCCAUGAGCAUCUCGGACAAGGACCUACCCUACUUAUCACUCACUAAUCGUCCGCUCAUGCGUCACGUAAUUCUAAAGCCAUCAUGCAAUAUGAUCGAGCGUGAAAGAAUCUGUGAGGAGGAAUGUUCUUGAUUAAAUGUUUGCAUGUUUAAGAUCAUUAGCUGUUUAUAAUCUAUAAACUAAAAUACUAAGUAAAUAUUGUUUGUGAGCAAAGAUAAUUUGCUA